UCUUAUGCUUUUUUCUCCCUUAACAGUCUUAAAGCUCCACCUCUCUCUCUCUCUCUCUCUCUCUCUCUCACCCUAUCCAACUACCUUUUUCAUGUCCACCCAAAAUCAAAAAGAAAAAACCGUAAACCCAUCAAAACAACUCCCACAAGAGGACAUUGAAAAACACAAUUUAGCGCGACCCAAGAGCCAGGCCACGACGACGACGACGACGACGACGACGACGACUGCGCGUCACCGAGUCCCGUUCUCAUCUACCCCGUCCGUCCGUCCGUUCGUUCCAACCCAUCCAUCCCUCUAG